GAUGGAUAUCCUUCGAUGCAUCACUCGUAAAUGUGGAAGAUGUGGUCUAUUUUUCGAUGACACUAUCAUGCUUCUCUGUCAGAUUCUAUAAAAGCGAGACUCUGAGCUGAGACCAGUCUUAAUUGAAGUCGUGGUGCAUCUCACUCUGUUCACUAGGAUGUCGUCGAUCCUCGCUGCUGCACUCCUUGGCAUCGCUGCCGUUCAAGCAACUCCGUAUCAUGUCGCAAGGCAAAGCAUCACUGCUUUGACCACUUCACAGAUCGACGUGUUCACACCGUAUACCUGGUACGCAAGCACCGGCUAUUGCACUGCGGCUACCACCCUCGCAUGGAAUUGCGGCGCAAACUGUGACGCCAAUCCCGACUUCAAACCCGUUGCAUCUGGUGGAAAUGGUGAUUCUGUGCAGUACUGGUUUGUGGGUUACGACCCAAACCUUGACACUGUCAUUGUCUCUCACCAAGGUACUAAUACGUCCGAGAUCCUGCCUCUCGUCACAGAUGGAGAUUUCUUCCUGACGAACUUGGAUACUACACUUUUCCCUGGUAUCAGUUCAGAUAUCGAGGUUCACGAUGGCUUUAAAAAUGAACAGGCCAGUACUGCUACUGAUGUACUAGCUGCCGUCGAAAGCGCCAUGUCAACGUAUAGCACUACUACCGUUACCAUUGUCGGCCACUCUUUGGGUGCUGCCAUCUCUCUCCUUGACUCUGUGUAUCUCCCACUGUGGCUCCCUUCUGGAACCACAUUCCAAACCUUUGGAUACGGACUUCCUCGAGUUGGAAACCAAGCAUUCGCAAACUACGUUGAUGCAAACCUUCACCUCACCCACGUUAACAACGAAGAAGACCCAAUCCCGAUUUGCCCGGGUAUGUUCUUGGGCUUUGUUCACCCAGCGGGUGAGGUCCAUAUUGAGGACUCUGGUGAAUGGGCUGCUUGUCCCGGCCAAGAUAACCCAAGCACACAGUGCAUCGUUGGGGACGUUCCUUAUAUCUGGGAUGGAGAUGAGACGGAUCACGAUGGACCUUAUAAUGGCGUCGAGAUGGGCUGCUGAGGGAUUUGAAUUGUGUUUCGUUUUGACUUUGAGAUACCACACUCUAUCUGAUCUUUGAGUACAUUUGGAAUCUAUGCGUCAUGAUGCAAAUUUUCGAGGAAUUACUGCUUUAUUUCUAGAGGCCAAUGAUUUAUUGUUAGGGGAUAACAAUAUGAUUUGAAAUAUCUACAAAUGGCACCUCGCGUCCCACAAGGUAGUGCUGU